CUCCAGGCCAAGUGAAUACAUGCAAAGACGGGAUAAUUCUAGGAUAAAUGGAACUGAACGGAGAAGCUGCCAUCUUGAGAAAUUGACAUUCUGGAAAUCACGGGACUUAUUGGGACGAAAAAUCCAAACUCUCGGUCUUACCAUUCCCAGCUCAGCUUGUUUUCCUCUAGACUGCCUUACUUACUUAAGGCAUUGAGAAGUAGAACAAGCUAGCUCUGAGCAGAGCAGAAAGGGCGCCCACCAUGGAAGAAACUGUGGAGGACCCCCCCACGUCCGCCGUCUUGCUGGACCAUUGUUAUUUCUCUCAGGUCAUCUUUAACAGCGUGGAGAAGUUCUACGUCCCCGGAGGGGAUGUCACGUGCUAUUAUACGCUCACCCAGGAGUUCAUUCCCCGCCGAAAGGACUGGAUUGGCAUCUUCAGAGUGGGAUGGAAGACGACCCGCGAGUAUUACACCUUCAUGUGGGUUACUUCGCCCAGUGACCUAAACCGCGAGUUGGCCAAAAAGCAGGAAGUCAAAUUCAAAGCUUAUUACCUACCCAAGGAUGAUGAGUAUUAUCAGUUCUGCUAUGUGGAUCAAGACGGUGUGGUCCGUGGAGCCAGUAUCCCUUUCCAGUUCCGCCCAGAAAAUGAGGAGGACAUCCUGGUGGUUACCACUCAGGGUGAGGUGGAGGAAAUCGAGCAGCGCAAUAAGGAGCUUUGCAAAGAAAACCAGGAGCUGAAGGACAGCUGCGUCAACCUCCAGAAGCAGAACUCAGACGUGCAGGCUGAGCUGCACAAGACGCAGGAGGAGCUGGAAACUCUAAAGAGCGCCACUCAGAAGCUGGAAGAGAAAGUGAAGGCCCAGAAGGACAGCUGGGAGGCGGAGCUGCUGCAACUGAAAGAACAAAACCAGAAGAUGUCCUCAGAAAACAAGAAGAUGGGAGUCAGAGUGGAGGAGCUCCAGGCCCAGCUGUCAAAGCAAGAGAAGGAAAUGGCGAAGCUCGUUCAGGGAGAUCAAGAUAAGACAGAGCAGCUGGAGCGACUGAACGAGGAAAAGAGCCAGCUUCUUCUCACCUUAACUCAGCAGAGGGAGCAUCAGAAGAAGCUGGAGCAGAGAGUAGAGGUGAUGAAGCAGGAAGAAACCGCCGCCCUGAAGAAACAGCAAGCAUUCACGGAUGAGAACUCUGGCCUGUCAAAAAAACUGAGCGAGAACAAGAUUAUGUAUAACGCUCUGCAGAGAGAGAAAGAGCGACUGGAGAGAGAAAACGAUCUCUUGAAGAAGGAGAACAACAGAUUGCUGAGUUACAUGGGUCUGGAUUUUGACUCCUUGUCUUAUCAAGUGCCUACUGCAGAUCAAGGAGGUGCAGGACGAAACCCGGCACUUGUCUAUGGAAACCCCUAUUCCGGUAUCCAGGAGAGCUCUGCCCCAAGCCUGCUCGCUGCCAGGAAGUGCCCCACCUGCAAAUCGGACUUCGCCGAUGACAUUCUUGAUCCCGCCUUGGAGCCACAGCACCCGCAGCCCCUUUGUUUGAAUUGUCCGAUUUGUGGCAAGACCUUCCCAGCAAAAGACAAGCAGAUCUUUGAAGACCACGUGUACUGCCACAGUCUCUAAGCGUCCCGGCCUCUUGGCUCUGUACCGUCCCUAGGUUUUUAUAGAUAGAACCGGUAGCUUCUACUUUGAGUUAUGACCCAAGAUCCUGCCUAACACGAAAUUAUUAGGGAUUUACUCAGUCCUGCUGCCCUAAGGGUGGAGUCACACCGAUGACGUGGUGAGGGCCGUUCCGUCCAUCCUUGUGAGUGACUGCUACCUUUUAGGUCCCGUAACUAGCUGUGUCCUGCUCUCACCUAGGGCCCAGUCUUCCAAGAGUCACCAGCACAAAGGCCCUGGGAUGGAACUGACCGGCUAUUCAUUCACAACAGGCUCGACUCGAAUACUAAGUGAUUCAUUUUCCAAGUUGUCCCUUCAAGGUCAGUCCUUGAGUGUUUGUCCACUGAGUUCUGAGUCGUGAGCCUGCAGCCGGUGAUUGAGCGGAGGUUGAGAAUUCCUCCUCCUCCUCCUCCUCCUCCUCCUCCUCCUCGGGUUUCUCUCUCCCGCUGAUUGCAGUAAACUAGCCAAAGAUGACACUGCAGAGAACUCAGUCAUCCCAUUUGGAGCCCACAGGUUUCACAGCUCCCAGCAGAAGCAUCUUAUUCCUGAACCAUGAGCACAAAAUAUUUCAAUCACAGAACGCCUUCUUUCUCUCUGGAUACUUCUGUUUGGCAUUUUCUACUCUUUGAUCUUUCCUAUGCACAUAACUUUUCUUGCUGUAAGUCCUUCCUCAAUGAUGCAUAGGACUUGUUACAAACUGUCUGGGCUUGCAGCUUUCUGAGCAGGUGAGUUUUGAAUAUGGAGAAGUCAGAAUAAUGAGACUAUUAAUCUCUUUAAUAAAAAUAAACUAGUCCUCUAUUUCAGGGACGUUGGUAACUUAAA